ACGGGCGCGGGCGGCGGGCGGUGGCGUGCGAGGCGGGCGGGAUGGCGGACCCGAUUCCCGUGACGGCCAUGGCCGCGGACACGGAGGUGCUGAUGAUCUCGUCAACGCCCGCGCGCCCCAACGCCCUCACGCUGGGCCCGAUCUUCAAGGGGCUGCGCCGCCUGGAGGAGAUCCACAUCACGGCGUCGGCCGUGCCGGCGCUGGGCGAGCACUCGCUGUGGGGGCUGCAGCGCCUGCGGGUGCUCAAUCUCACUCGCAACCACAUCGCGGCGCUCAUGGACACCAACUUCCGCGGCGCCGACGACCUGCGGGCGCUCGACCUGAGCCGCAACCGCAUCGCGUCGGUGCCGUCGGCCGUGUUCCGCCACGUGCGCCGCCUGAAGGGCCUCACGCUGGCGCACAACAUGAUGCCCGAGCUCGUGCCCAGGAUCUUCUUCGGCCUCACGCGCCUCGAGGACCUCGACCUCAGCUACAACCCUCUGCAGGACCUCCAGCCGGAACAGUUCUCCGACGUGCCCGAGCUGCGGCAGUUGGCCUGCGCGGGCUGCGGACUCACCUCCCUCAGCAGCUCGCUCCUGCAGGCGCUGUCGCGACUGCAGGUGCUGGACCUGCGCCACAACCGGCUGACGCAGGUGCCGCCGGGCAUCGCCACCACCUUCCUACCGGAGCUGGUGACGCUGCUUCUGGACGCCAACCUCGUGUCGUUCGUGGAGCGUGGCGUGAUCGCGGGCUCCGCCCUGCAGACGCUGCAGCUGGCACACAACCGCAUCAGCCGCGUCGAGGUCGGCGCCUUCGCCAACAGCUCGCUCAAGAACCUGGAUCUCUCCUACAACCGCCUCACGCACCUGGAUACGCGCGCCAUCUCCGAGGUGCUGCUCCACCUGCACGAGCUCCACCUCUCGGGGAACUCGCUCCACAUCGAGCAACUGCUGGUGGUGCUGCCGGAGGCCGAGCAGCUGCGGCGCCUCAGCCUCGGCGACAUGGGGCUCACGAGGCUGCCGGUCGAGCUGCUGCAGCACCUACGCUUCCUCCACCACCUCAACUUCUCCUCCAACUACCUGACCACAUUCCCCACCGGCAUCCUGCGAAGCGCCCCGCAGCUGCAGACACUCGACCUCUCCAGCAACAGCCUUCAGGAGGUCGACGAGGACGCAGUCGCAGUGAUCAACCAGGUGAAGGCGCUUCGGAAGCUGCGGUUGGAAGGAAACCCGUGGCGGUGCGACCAGUGCCACGUGGGCCCCCUGCUGCGCUGGCUGCAGGGCGCCCCCGACCAGGAGUCCGGCUGCAGUGAGCCCCGCGUGUGGACUUGCCUGAGGUGCGCGGGGCCCGUGGACGUGGCCGGGCUGGAGCUGGCCCUCCUGCCCCUCGGCGACGUGCCCGAGUGCCGCCACGACGCGCCCCACGACGCCCCGUGGCCCACGCGGCACACGCCCGUCCACAGCGUGGCCACGGACACGUCCCACCAGCCGCGACGGCAGCCCACGCGCCACGACGACUUCUCCCGCGGCUGGUCCUUCGCUCGCCUCGUCAGGGAGAGGAUCCACCUGGUGAUCGUGGUGAGCUGCUGCUUCAUCCUGCUGCUGCUGGUGCUCGUCAUCGUGGGCGUGGUGCUGUACAGCCGCCACUCCGCCUUCUAUUACACCUGCGAGGGAGACCGAACCGUCAGGAGGAAGAAGCUGGUCGAGGCGGCCGAGAACAAGAACAACAACAGCCCGGCGAGCAAGGGCGGGCCUGCCGCCUGCCGACCCGACGUCACCAUCGCGACUAUUGACGAGCUCACGGACAUCGACGGAUCACAGGAGGUCAUCAAGCCAGGGCAAGUCUACCUGAGGGAGUGACCUGCCUUGGGGCUUCUGAAAGAGGAAUGCCAAAGUACUUUGUGUGGUCGUGUGCAGUAACAAACGCUUCGAAAUAUACAGUGGCCUGUCCUGAAAUCAAAUUAUUACAAUACCUACUGCCCUAACUGAUGUAAAGACCAACAAAUAUUUGUGACUCGCCAUUCCAACCUCCGUCUCAUUCCCGUCCGGCUGCGCAGCCCGUUCGCUGACCCCAGAGUAAUGCCCGGCCAUCGAGACCCUACAUAUCAGUUAACGAAGGCGACCGGCGGCACGGCCUGCAUCGGAAUUGGCAAUCUGUGAUCUUAGAGAUAUAUUUGCAUAUGACAUUAACGCGAGACAACGCAGAAUGCAACGGAAUGAUUUAGCAAAUGUCGUUACAAUGUCUUUGUGUACGUUCCGCGCAGAGAGGACGAGCCUGUUCGCAAAUUGAGUGCCAAGGAGUGUGGGUCGUUUGGACAGUGACUGUACAUGAGCAAAUGAACAUAGGUGUAUACCUUUUAAGCUUAAUACAGAGCAUGAUAGCGCCCCUCGUUGUAGAAGUUUUGUAAACUUACUAAGGACUAGUGUUUGGGGAAUGGUGUGAGCGUAAAUGAUGGACUGGAUGGUGUACCGUAACUGGAUCAUGAAAAUUUGGUAAAUAUUUUUUUCUGCUUGUAUGGCCGCUCUCCUUGUUUGUAUCAGAAUUCUCUGUUGUAACUGCUGUAUUCGGAGAAGGCAAUUGCGUUUCAGGCCAUUGCUUCCAAGAUAAAGCAUUCGAGAAAUACGAGUAGACAUUUGACUUGAUAGCAUAAUUUGAUUUGACGAUGCACUUAUUUCGAUAAAUGUUCUGCGAUUCAGGAACGUGUCAUUUCUGAACUUUUCAUUUCUUCAUGUGGGAUCUUUCUUUAUUCAUAUACACAUUUUUGACUGUUAUUUACGAAAAAGUCGUUUUGAUCAUUAUUUUAAAAUGCGUGUGUGUGUGUGUGUGUGUGUGUGUGUCUGUGUGUGUGUCUGUGUGUGUGUGUG